AUGAAUACUGAUUUAACACAUCCAGAAAUAUUAACUAUUGAACAAUUACAAAAUCAUUUAAUAAAAUUUGUUGGAUCUGAUAUAACAAAUGAUAAAUAUGAAUUAAUUCAAUUAUUUUAUAAAUAUAUUGCACCAUUACCUCAACGAAAAUUUCGUACAAAUCGUUUGGGAACAAUGCUUACAAAUAGUCAAACACAAUUUAAAGGAAAAAAACGAUUGAUAUCCACUGAUUUAGAGGAUAUAGAGAAAUCUUAUGAAUCGAAAUUAAAAUUAUCUGCAAAAGGAUUACAUAUACAAUCACAAGGUGAAAAACAUGAAUCAGAUCGUGGUAUUUAUACAAUAAAAAUGCAAAAAACAGCGAAUAAGAAUACAGCUCCAAUUAAACUAAAACGACCAGCAGCCACUACGACAAUAAACAAUGAUCAAGAAACAAAUAAACGUAUGAAAUUAGAUGAAACACAUGUUUGA